AUGAAAGGUCCAAUUCAGCAGCCUUUCGAAGCCCUGGUUCCUCGGCAAUCGACGUCCACAUACGAAGUCCUCAUCCACACAAGAGGCCCUACCAAUGCGCCUCGAAUUCUCGCCAUUGUGGGCGUUUUGACUGGUUUAUCGGCCUUGUUGGUUGUGCUGCGCUACUACGCGCGAUUGUUCAUUCUGCGAAGAUUUGACAUUGAGGAUGGGAUCAUCCUUAUAGCCCAGGCAUGCGCGUUUGGUGUCCUUGCAUGUUUCAUUGGAGAGUCACACCGUGGACUGGGCCAUUACACCAGUGAUAUUGGCUUGGAAGAUCUUAUGCCACUGUCCAAGUGGAUGUUUUUCCAUGCCAUUGUCAUCGUGCUUGGGAUAAGCUCAGUCAAGAUGUCGCUUGCUUUCUUUCUGCUGCGAUUCGCCUCGCAGAACAAGUUUCUCAGGAAGUUCAUCAUCGGGGCGCUGGUCUUUCUCAUAGUUUUCACCAUUGCCUGUGUUCUAACCCUGGUAUUCCAAUGCUAUCCCGUCAGCGCAGCGUGGGAUUAUAGCCUAAGGGCUACAGCAAAGUGUUAUUCGAAUAAGACCUACCUCGCCAUUGGUGAAUUCAACAGUGCCAUCAAUAUCGUCACUGACUUUGUUUUUGCGACUCUGCCGGUCUUCAUGUUUUAUAAUAUCCAGGUCAACAAGCGCACUCGAGCCUCUCUAAUGGGCAUUCUUAGUCUUGGGUACUUUGCAUGCGCCGCAGCUAUCGCCAAGACAGUUUACCAAAGUCGAGUGUUCGAGGAGAAGAACGCAUGGCGUGAUUCUGAAUUCCUCAUAUGGAACUGUGUUGAGCUCAACGUUGGCAUCGUAGCCGCCUGUUUCCCCACGAUCAAACCACUCGUCAAGUCCAUCAUCGGAACCACUUGGAGUUUGGCCAGCGGCUCCCGCUCGCGGAAGCGAACAAACAACGCUUAUUACGCACAGUCCUCGAGCCAUGCAAUGGGCUCCAUGAGACGCAGCCGGUUAGAGCAUGAAGCGCAGAAGCACAAUGUGCAUAUCGAUGCGCUUCGAACAUCCUUGUCAGCGUCUGAGGGGGGUAGUGAGGAGAAUCUAGCGUCUCAUCCGCGUCUUCAGCGUCUGUCAUCCUCGAGAAUACUGCGCACGACAGAAGUAACUGUGCACACGGAGGGGGGAAGCGAUGCUGUGGGGACGGGCAUAGGGCCUAAACAGCCUGGCCGCAGCACUGGCGCCAUGCGCGACGCACAAAGGUUGCCGGUGAUUGCCCCCGCCUCGGUUGGUACGCCGCGAGCCGUGAAAGUGUCGGCUUUCCAACGUCGUCAUCACAUCGCUGUGACUGCUUGCUCGGAAUGUCGCGCCAAGAAACGUAAAUGUAGCGGCAAAAGUCCGUGCGUGGCAUGCGUGUCGCUAGGCAUAGAAUGCCUGCUUGACGCGGAGAGCAGUCACCGCCGCUUAGUCGGGGCGAAGCGACGAGUCGCUGAGAUGGAGAGUAAGAACUCGACUUUGAAGAAAAGGGUACAUUCGCUGGAGAGUGAGAUUCAGUCGUUAAGAUGCCAUUUGCCCGUUUCGUCAAGGACGCAUGCCUGGGCCUCGUCAGAUCCGGUCGAAAAGGCCGGCACUGAUUUAGUCUCUAUGCCCAAGGAUAGCUCUUCCGGCCGGUCGACAGAGGACUGGAACAGCCUCUGGGCUAUAUAUGAGAGAGUCCGCGACUGUGCCCCUGCAGACCUCUUCAAGGUAGUCAAUGCCAUCCGCAGUAGCUCAGAUCCGAUACUAGCGGCGCAGUAUUUGCAACUAAUCUCCCUUGGUCAACUCGCUGAUGCUCACGUCGGCUUAUCGAAUUUAGCAACGGAGUAUAAGUUGAUGAGCUCACCGAGGCUUCCGGCCUUGUGCGAAGAGCCGAUCUUUUCCGCUCCUGCGAAGCCAUGGACGACCAUCACAGACAGUGACCGGCUAGUGUCACAUCUGCUCUCUCUAUAUUUUACCUGGGAUUAUCCCUGCUAUACCUGGUUUGAUCAACAGUUGUUCUUGGCUGAUAUGAUAGCUGGUCAGUCGAGGUUUUGUUCACCACUCCUUGUAAAUGCUGUAUUAGCUCAUGCUUGUCUAUACUCCUAUAGUCUCCGAAGACCGUGGGAUCGUUUUAAGGAGAUGGAUAUGUGUAUCCGCUUCCUGUCGGAAGCCCAGCAGCUCUGGAUAUCCCAUCCACAGCCUACCUUGACCACAGUUCAGGCACUGAUUGUCAUGAAUCUGACCUACAACUGCCUGGGUAAGGACAAAAUCGGCUGGUCUUGCUUGGCGGCAGCGAUCUACAUGGCAAACCAGUUAAAACUGUAUGAGCCGUUGUCUGUCGUCGACAGCGCAGGGUGCUUUGAAUCUGUUUGGAAUAGAGCACAUGCGGUCACAGCGUGGGGGCUUUUUGAGUGGCAAGCACUCGCCGCAAGCGUGGUGGAUGAUGCUCCGCGUUUGGAGCAUCCGCCUUUCUAUGAAGUACCAUAUUCAGACGCCGAGUUUCUCGAUCAUAAUCGACGCUGGCACCCCUAUCCUUUUAGCAGUCCCCUUUAUCCGUCGGGCAUCUUUUCGACGGCCAGGGCCAGGAUGGAGCUGAGUGUAGUUAUCAACGACGUGACCAAAUUCAUUUUGGAUUCCCAUCAUGUCGCUUCUACUGUCGAGACCUUUAUGUUAAUCCACAAAAGACUCACAAACUGGUUUGUCAAACUAAAACCAGCGCUUCAUCCCUCAAAACACGCGCCACCACACGUCUUCAUCAUGCAUCUCCACUUCCACCUCAGCGUGGUCGGCCUCUGCAAGCCCAUUCUUGCCUCGGGAGGAGAAUCCAGCCCCUCCGUUCUAAGCAUUUCCGGCAACGCCAAGCUCGCUACUCGCGAGAUCAUAUUUCUCUUCAAGCAGACCUUCGGCUGGAAAUCCGCCUCCAACUUCCUCAACCACGCCCUCUGCUACGGCGCCUUCAACGCCAUGCCCUUCGCCAAGGACGGUGAUCCCCGUUGGCGCCAGUCCCUAGAGACAUGCAUCAGCGGCCUCUGGUACAUUUCCUUUUCAUUCCCCGUCUGCAGGUACCUGCUCCGCGCGAUCCAGCACGCGCUCGUCGCGGCGGGGUUCGCAGAUACAGACCUUUGUCCGGAAGUUACCCAGAUCCUACGAUAUUUUGCGCGCAAUGUGUGGAAAAGGUCUCUGCUUGAGACCUUGCAGAGCCAGUAUUCUAUUACCUAUGAUACGCAAACAAGUUUACGGAGUGUUGAAGAUUUGCUUCAGUCGGUUGAGAACUUGUCUUUGAACCAUUAA